AUGCCUGCUUCAUCUUCGAUGGACUUCUCUCGUCUACCGGUCGAGAUAUAUCACAAGAUAGUGAGAUCAUGCGUUCUCUUUCGCGACUUGAAGCGUGCUCUGCGUCUGCGGUUCGUCUCACGUGCCUUUGGUGUCGCCGUACUAGACGCCAUUUUCGACUCGUGGGACCUGUUCAGCAACGACGAAGUCUCGUUCUGGCUCGGAAGCCACAUCACAACCCCAAAGCUGUGGGUCACGGAUAUGUUUAACAAACAUUUUGUUCAUCGCAUUUUGAUGCCGUCCGCCCUCCUAAACAGUGUUGAUGUCGAGAUAAUCAGGCGCGUCGCGGAGAAGAUUGCCAGGCAGCGCCUACUCCUCUCGGAAGACUCUGCAGCCACAAAGCCUGACUGGCCUCGACGUCUUGACGCCGAAUACAGGCGGUGCGUCAAGGAAAUGUGCGGCUGGUUCCGACGCUGUAUGCCGACAUGUGUCGAUGAUUUGACCCUUCAUCAAUAUAUGACGUCUCCCUUAUCCUACGAAAUUUGUCUGAUCCGCACCGCGGCGUACCUAGGCGAGCUGGAGAUCACGAAGAGGCUUCUGGCCCAGAGCAGCUUCCCCAACAUUGAAGACUUGGCAAUCACUGCCGCAAGCAGUGGUAGCCUGGAUCUGGUUACCUCUCUUGUUGCACACCAAACGGAGCUGCCAACCUUGUCUCUCAUUGGCUCGCUAUCCAGAGCUGCUUUAGAGGCGAGCAGAUUGCAAGUGCUGAAGCACUUGCUGGAUCUCGCGGCGCAAACUUCAGUGGAUGAAACAUCGCUUGAAGCAGCCACAAAUUUCCACCAAGAUUUAGUGUGCGGUUGCGAUAGCACCCGAUCCCUUGCCUGCUUUCGACUGGCAUACGAGUACCACCUGCACUUCCGAAGUUUGGACGACUAUCGCGCCAACUGUCCUUGGAGAAAGUGGGAGAAGGCAAUGCUGAAAAGCCGAUGCUCCCUGGCCGCUUGUGACGGCGACGUGGAGUUCUUGGGUUAUUUCAUCAAUGCAUGGCCUCGCCAGCUAGCUCGCCAGGAUUUCUUAUUUAGACUAGUGGAGUACGCUGCCAGGUUCAAUCGUUUUGAGGCAUUGGGAUUUCUCGUGGAGAAGGCGCAUGCAAAAGUCAGGGCGGCCCAUAUUAUGAUCGCAAUGGCAAGUGGUUCGGUCCGGGUCGUGGAGCUGCUCUUGGCAUACUACCUGGCAGAGUCAAACAGGUCUUGUUCCGGGGCUACCGAGGGGAAUUAUUUGGCCACGCAAACCCACAGCCUCAAGGACAUACUUUACCUUGGACUACUGGAAGCCAGCAGAAGGGAACAUGACGCCGUCGUCCGCUGGGGACUGGCAAAAUCCCGGGAGUUAGGUGGCAUAGACAUAUCUGACAUUGUCGAGUGGCAUAGACCUUCUCAGCAACCCUCCAAGGCGGCAGAAAUGGGGAUGGAUUUGAUGCUUGAUGAUUGGAUCACUGAUUACAAUGACUAG